CCCUUCGGAGAGUAGGGGAGGCUUAUUCCUCCCUCCCAGAAUUAGGAGACUGCCCGCUCUCUAGUCUGCCUGUCCCGGAGAGCCGGUGCUUGCGGUAGAAAGGUGUGUUCAGAGUAGUUCCUGUGUGCACAAAGAACCCGGGAAAGGAAAAUGGAAGUCUUGCGGAAGAUUAAAUGACAUUGCACCUCCUGCCUCAUUUCUUUUUUGUAAGGGAACCAUCAUUCUUCGCUUUUUGGAUUCCACUUUGUUGUCAAAAAUGACCUUUAAAAAGCAAACUGAAGGUUUGGGUCCCCCACUCCACCCCACCCCGUCACCUUAUUGAACAGAUUUCCACCAUAUCAUCCUGAAUGCUUGCUGUGAAAGAAACUUCUGUUGAUUUCCAUGGAUCUUACCGUAUUUGCAUGCAAGUCUGCUGAGGAUUUCAGUUUCAUUCCAAGAUGCCUCAGUAGAAAGAGUCUCCGGAUGGGUAUCCUGGCAUUUUGGUUCACUUUCUUUAUUUGCAUGCCAGAACACAUGUAUGCACAGAACACAUGUCCUGAUGUCAUGCAACAACUUUUGAAAGAUGGAUUUCACAGAGAUCUUCUGAUUAGAGUAAAUCUUGGCGCUGAUGGAGGCACAGGAAGCUGCAUGGUGGCAGCUAAAGUACACCUUCCAAAAGGACUUUAUGUGGAUCCUUAUGAACUGACAUCUUUGCAAAAGCACAAUCUCACUGAGGCUUUGCUGACUGAAGAUAACAUAGAUUUGGAAGUUCCCGAGUACUUAGCCACUGACGUCACUGUCCUCGUUUACAUGAGACCUGACGCUGAAUGCAUUUCCUGUUUUAGAGCAAUAUUGCCUCUGCACUGCCGGUAUCACAGGCCAGCAGAGAGUGAUGGAAACAUCUUUGCAUUACUGAAGAGUCCACAAAUAUUGAUCCGUUGCCAAAAAUCCUUUCUGUCAAUGGAAUGUUUGAAAGAAACUGAAAUAGAAGCUCCAUGUUCUCAGAAGAAUACACAUACCUGCCACUGGAACAGCAUCAAGUUCAAAGCUGUAAACAAGGAAUUGAAACUGCAAAUACCAGUUGGACUCAAAUAUCACCUUACAUUGGUGUGCACGAUUACUCUUGUUACCACAAUACUGUGUUCCAUUCUUAUCCUUUCAGGUUUAUAUGAGCAUGGAUUGUUCUUUGCUUAGAGCUCAUUAUAAAAGUAAACAAAAGUAUUCAAAUUAUUGUGCAAGAACUGUCUUUCUGAAUAAGCAGACAAACAAGAGAUGGGAGCAGAAAAACAGAGUUCCAGCAUCACAGAUGUGGUGGGGAGCAGGCCCAGGGCCCCCGCUAUUUUACUGUCCACUGUUGUAUUGGCUUGGCUGUAUUGUGUUUGACCAGUCCUGUCUUCCCCUCCCCACUCUGGCCCCAGGAUUUUACACAAGACUGGUUUAGUAAUGGGUAAAUGUCCAGUUACAAGACUGCCACAGUCCAAUUCUGAGACAGUGAAGUCUGCUUACUUAGAAGCAGUUCUGAUUACCUGUGGUGUGGCUCACCUGGGUGGAUCAGACACAUUCACAGUAUCACAACUUAAGAACUUCAGAUUCUUUUAAAUUUGUUUUCACUCUACAAGCAGAGUUCAGUCUGUCCCCUGUCUCAUAGCCUGGCGAUUUAUGUAGCUCAAGCAUAGUAUCUGAGCGUGGGUUAGAUGUACUAGGAGCUUCAAACCUCCUAGAAAGAGUAAGGUUUUGGCAUAAUGUAUUCAGCUUCAAAUGUGCACAUACAUUUCUUUUGCCUCUGUUAAGCGAGCCAAGCUCUUACAAUUAGAGAUCUGAAUUGGAACGUGGACUCAAGAACUUGAUCUUACUGUUUAUCUGCAACAAUGAAAGGCUUUGCACUGUCAUCAAUAUGCAAGUCAUCUCUAGAUGUGGGACUUAGGCUGAUCCAGCAGAAGAUUGUUCUCUGUGUUUAUUGGGCUUCAGCUUGUUUCUUUGAAUUGGGACUCACUGAUACUGGUGGUGCAGUUAAGAAGAGCUUCACCAUGCUCCCUCCCUCAGUGUUCUAAAAAAAUUAAACACACAUCUUUUUAAA